AUGAUGUUAUUUCAUCAAGCUAGAGUGGAAACUUUUAUUUCACAAAGUAAGCUGUUGAGUGAAGAAAAUAAGAAGGUUGUGAAAGAGAGUGUUAUGACAUUAGAGUCGGCUCUUCAAGAAGUGAAAAUUUUGAAGACAUUGAUUCUGAAUGAUAAUUUUGUGCACAAUGUCCAUCUUACUUCUUUAAUUGAUACCUUGGUUGAUCAUUACGAUACUGAAGUUCAUUUAAUUGAGGACAUCCAGAGGAAGGAAGUGAAAAUAAAUUCUCUUAAGAAAAAAGUGACUUACUUGAAGUGUGAGCUGGUGAAAACGGAAGAUGAGUUAUUGUUUGUGCAGGGUCGUUGUAACAUCCUAAAAUCAUGA